AUGGACCGAUUUUUGCGUCUCGGUGCCGAUAGCCUAGCUUCCUUUGGACAAUCAAGCUCUCAGCCUACUGAUGGGCCUGUCCCGGAUACAGCUGAACAAGUUUAUAUAAGCUCCUUAGCUCUGCUAAAAAUGCUUAAACACGGAAGGGCAGGUGUUCCCAUGGAGGUAAUGGGCUUGAUGCUCGGGGAUUUUGUUGAUGACUACACAGUUACUGUAGUCGACGUUUUUGCUAUGCCUCAAUCAGGAACUGGUGUUAGCGUUGAGGCUGUCGACCCCGUGUUUCAAGCCAAAAUGCCUGAAAUGGUUGUUGGAUGGUACCAUUCUCACCCUGGGUUC